AUGGAGGAUACUGCGCUCUUGAUCGAUCAGCGAUCGUUGGUCUCCACCAAAGAGAGUGAUGUUCACAAGCGCGAUCUGGGACCUACGCAUCCCAUCGAAGGAGCCAAAAUUGCGCUGAAGCGUGACUUUCCAUGGCUUGAGCUCAUGUUUCACGCUGCAGCACUCGCCAUUGCUGGUGUCCUUCUGUGGAUACACAUCAUCGGACUCUUUUGGAGGGAUUUCAAGAUCAAGAACCAGAAGCGGCAGAACAUGGAACUCAAGGCAUUUCAGGUCGCGUCCAAGGCUCACGAGUUGCUGAUGCUCGCAUCACUAUCCAUGAUUGUCUUUCACUACAUGCGAAGACUGCUGGUCGGGCGAAAUGGUAUUCCCUUCGGACUCGUCAAUGCACUUCAUGUCACAGGCUCGCCCAGCAUGCUGUUCAAGUGGUCAUUCUGGGCGGGAUGGAGGCGUCAUCUCCCAUUCGGAGGCUUGUUGUUUCUCACUUGUAUCUUUUCGCUGACUUUAGGGCCGUCGUCAGCGAUCACAAUGAUUCCUUCGCUUGAGUGGUACGAAAUGAAGAGCGCUUUUCCAGCCAACGGCUCAUCCGUCCUCUACAACGCAACUGCAGCCGAAAUCUGGCCAACUGUCUUCAAUAACUCAAUGGACACGAAUGAAACUGCUCGUUGCCUCCAAGAUCCAUUCAAGUCACCAUUAAACCUACACUGCCCGUCGGCAGGGUUCAUCGAUAUCUAUAAAUGGUUUAUCAGUUUCACGAAGACUGGAUCACGCGAUGACUUGCUCUUCACAGACCUACGUGCGAGCAGCGCUCAACGGAAGGUCUCCAUCAAGACUGGCAAUGACCCAAAGGGCGGCUGGGCCUACACCACCGUCGUUACAGAGCUGAGCUCGAGAACACUCGCUGAGACAAAGUACGCCAAGCCUAACGAUACCAUCUUUGAUCGGCUACCGAGUAAGAACGCGAGGUUCAAGUGGUACAAAAACAACAACGGGGAUUUGUCAUCAUCGCUACUUGCGUUGGCAAUCAUCCCUGUCUCGGCCAAAAACUCCACGAAAGACAGAUACCCAUCCACUGCCACUGUGGCAUGCUCAACUGAUGCAAGGUGGGUCUCUAGCGAUGCAUAUUACCAGCCCAAGAACUCGACCACUGUCUCGAGCAACGUUUCUGAUGCACUCUCCGAGACCGAAUGGAAACCCGAAAAAGCACUCCUCACCAACUUGGGCAUAUCAGAAAACCCGCUCGACCUGAGGCUAGACUGGGCGCAUUUUCUGAACCGACAACAAAGCGAGUGGCUAGCCGACAACUCUUCCUCCAGUGUCAGUGGCAUGGCGCGGUUCCUCAAUACUGCCAUCAUCCGCCCUAAACAAGAAGAGAACCGGAUAACGGCAUUCUAUGCGCCUAAUAUGACGACCCCGGACACGGGCGGCGCAUUCGAAGAGGCAAUAGCGAUGCUGGUGGGAACCGUGCUUGUAGACGGCAUAGCGCGAAGCAUGUCUAGAUUAUCCUCUCUCGUCAAAACUAAUGCCACCGCUGACGUGGUAACAAGACUUGAAACCUUCCUUCCCUCAGGUGAAAGGCUUUUCAAGUGGAAUCCAGACAGCUACGUUCCCGGUUUCUACUCCGUUCGCAUCGCACUAGAUUCCUACGGAUACGGAUACGGACUCCAGAACACAGCCGUCUGGGCAGCCAUGAUUGUCCUGCUGCUCUUUGCGCUGAUGUUGAUUGUGCAUGUAGCAUUUGUAGGCUAUUCUGUCGCUAGGGGACGGUACUAUGGUGGCGAGUGCUGGGAGGAUGUAGCGGAGCUCAUCGCGCUGGCAAUUAAUUCGGCGCCGAGCGAGAAGCUGUACGGUACGAGUGCGGGUGUGGAGCGCGCCGAUACAUGGAGGAGUUUGGUCAAGAUCCAGGAGACAGGCGACCAACAUCUGGAAUUGUGUGUCGUGGAUGGACAGCAGGAGAAUGGAGGUAUGGUCGUGAUCGGGAAGGCGUACCUGUAG